AUGCCCCUUCUCUUUCCUCCUCGCCCCACUUCGUCCCUCCCUACCCUCCCCUACACUUUUCCCCACACACAUCUUCCACCCUUCCCCACCCGGCCCUUCUACCCCUCCGCCCUUCUCCCUUCCCCACCCGGCCCUUCUACCCCUCCGCCCUUCUCCCUUCCCUCCCCCUCUUCGGUCCCCCCCAACGCUCCCCCGCCGCGCACCAGCAUUCAGUUCCAGCUGACGGUGGGCGGCUCGUGGAAUCCCCCUUACAACGUGACUCUCUAUCGCAACCCCUCCAUGCUGCCGUCCGCGCCGGCCGGCAAGGACACCGCCGUCGAGCUGCAGACGCUGGCUGGGAAUGGAGGUACAGAGUGGUUGAAAGUGGUUCCAACGGUUUGGGAAACCUACGGCUCGGUUCUCUUCCAGGACGGCACGGACACGAUGUCCAAGGAGUUGGCGCCAGGUGGCAGGCCGCAAUUGGUGGGCGAGUACACGGUGGAAACGGUGUCGCCCCCGGGAUACUCGGACGAGCCACCCAAGCUGGCUGUGGCAAGUUUGGAGAGAGGCAACGCUAGGAAAUUCGGCAACCCCGGUGUCUUUGCUGCCCCUUUGGAAAGCCCUCUCUUCAGCGCUGCGCUCGUGGAUGCCAUGACAGGCGGCGCUUAUCUGCACAUCGCCUUUGAAGCCUCUCAAUACAACCUCUCUUAUGUCGUCGCAAUAGUCGACCCAGAGGAGGACCCAGUCUCCCCGCUGCUCCGCAUUUACAACGACACCCACGCCAUGCCGGCCCUGCCGCUGCACUGCGCCCGCUCGCGCUGGGCCAACCCGCGCAUGGGGCUCUUCACGUGCGCGGGCUACCUCACUGUUGACGCCGCUGCUGGCCUGCAGUACCCCCCCGGUGCCGGGGAGGUGGGCUCUGAUGUUGGCGGGGGUGGGGCGGAGAAGAAGGGGGGUAAGGGGAAAAAUAAGUUUCUUCCGGGGGUGAUUGGUGGGAGUGGUGGUGGGGGUGGUGGAGGGGGGGGUGUGGCAGGGGCGUUAGGUGGUGCGUUUGCUGCCAUUGGGAAGAAGUUGGGGGGAAAGAAGGGAGGGAAGAAGGGAGGAACUGCAGGCAAGAACCAUCCACAGUCACUGUCUGCAGGAGCAUCCUCAUCCUCCAUAAAGACCGCCUCGUUAAGCAACACUGCAGGUGUAGCCCAGCCGAACCAAAUCGAUGGCACACCACUCUCAAGUAAACUCAAGGACAGAGCAGAAACAGCAGCCCUAUCCCUCCAAACUCUGGGCCGGAAAGGUGGGAAGAAGGGCGGCAAGGGUGGCAAGGGAGCAAAAACCGGUGGGGACAGCAGCAGCAGCGGCGGAAAAAAGACAAAAGGAGCCGACCCAGCAGCAGAUGCCGGCGGUGCUGGCGGGGAUACCGGGGGAGCAGAUGCUGGGGGUGCUGGGGGUGGCUCGGGCAGCAAUGGAGCGGGGGCAGUGGAUGAGGAAGGGCGGGCAGAGAUGCCGUACAUGGAAGCCAUGGCGAGCCUGCUGGCAUACAGCUCUGACGGUGGUGAUGGCUCCACGUCCUUUGAGCUCUCUGUGUUCGGUGCAUCCCGCAUGGUGGGGUCGUCCAGUAGCCUCGAGCUUACUGCCAACACGUUCUGA